ACUGUCUUUCUCAGAUGGUGGGUUCUCAUGUUGAUAUGUUUCUUGCAGAUUGGAGGAAAGAAAAGUUCCAGGCUGGUGAGUCUAUGAUGGUGUAGAAAGGACCAUUUCCUUUGUGCAUAGUCUCACACAAAGAUGGACAGAAGUUAGCAGAAUCACCUGGGGCCAGAGAAGCUCUCACAAAAUAGUUUCUCUCAGGGCAGAACCCUGGAUCACUUCCUUAAUCCUCUGCCUGUGGCGCCAGCACCCCAUAUGGGUACUGGUUCUAAUUCCAGUUGCUCCUCUUCCAGGCCUGCUUUCUGCUGUGGCCCAGGAGGGCAGUGCAGGAUGGCCUGAGUGCUUGGGCCCCUGCACACAUAUGGGAGACCAGGAGGAAGCACCUGGCUCCUGGCUUCGGAUCGGCACAGUGCUGGCCCUACUGGCCAUUUGGGGAGUGAACCAACGGAAGGAAGACCUUUCUCUCUGUCUCUCACUCUCUCACUGUCUAUAACUCUACCUGUCAAAUAAAUAAAAAAAUUAAUUAAUUAAUUAAAAAAUAGUUUCUCUGGCCCAGGAAUAUUGAUAUCUUUCCUACAGAGAUGAUAGUCCUCUUGUCUUUGCAGUACACAUGACCCUGGAUGAAGACACUGCCCAUCCUGCCCUCCGCCUCUCUGAACAGAGACAUGUGACCUGGCAUGAAGAGCGGCGAGAUCUCCCUGACUGCCCACAGAGAUUUGAUUCCCUUCCCUGUGGGCUGGGUCAACUGAAUAUCACCUCUGGGAGAUACUACUGGGAAGUAGAUGUUGGGGACACAGUUUCUUAUGAUCUGGGAAUCUGUAGGGACAAUGUAACAAGGAAGGGGAGAGUAACAAUAUCCCCACAAAAUGGUUUCUGGGCCAUCAGGCUUUAUGAGGGGGAGUACUGGGCUCUCACUUCCCCAGAAACUCAUCUUACUCUGAGGGAGUCCCCCCGUAGGGUGGGGAUAUUCCUGGAUUAUGAAGAUGGAGAAGUGUCAUUCUAUAACAUGACAGAUGGAUCCCAUAUUUACACCUUUACCCAGAUUUUGUUCAAAGGGUCCUUAAGACCUUUUUUCAGGCUUUGGAACUCUGACUCAGGCACCUUGACCAUUGUCCACUGAAGGAGAGCAGAGUAAUGCUGUAAUUCAGAAGUGCACCCCAUUUCACAAAAAAAAUGACUUUGAAUCCCAAUGUUGAUUGCCAUUCCAGCUAACUAUUGUGAAAUUGCAUUUUUCUUUCUCUUUAUUGGUUCAUUGUCAAAAUGAAGCUGUGGGGCACAGAUUUCUGAUUGGUCCUUACUACUAAUUUUCCUCAACCUUAAUAAUUGACUUCCUGACCUAUGAUAGUCCAGUUUAAACAUUAGAUUUCCUAGUCUUCUUUGCUGCAUGUGACUAGAUGACGGCCGGUAUAACAUAUGCUGAAUUAUGUAGUCUGACUUAUGAGACUUGUACUAAAGGGAAAUGAUAUGUCUUUGUUAUUUACUGUUUCUGUUUAAUAGAUAUGACAUUAAGGAUGUAACU